AAAGCCGCGGCCAUUUGUAUUCAACAACAGUGAAAAUUUGGUUAGUUUCUACUUGGAAAUUUUGAUUUUGCAUUUUUCAAAUAGACCUACAUUCACGUUUUUUCUUUGUCGUUAAAUAAAAGUAGAAACUUUAACAUUUUAAUGAGUAAGUUGCCAAGUUUUGUAGGCCUACUAUGACGGAUGAAGUCUUUCCAAGACUCUCAAAGGAGUUGAAAGAGAAGAUGAAAUUCAUGGAGGACUUCAACCCAGAACGCAGCGACCGCGAACGGCGCAAGCUGACCAAGAAGAUCCUGAGCCACACACGUGCAAUGGCGCCGAACAGCGUCUACAACGAGUUCGGCGUCCAUGUGGCGUCGGGACGCGACAUGUGCGACUGCUUCAGCAGCUCCUGUCCUGGCUGCUUCCUGCCCUGUCCCAAGUGUCGCUCGUCAAAGUGCGGCAUCGACUGUCGCGUCAACCGCAAGUGGUCCUACGACUUGUAUCACAUCGAGGGCAUCGAUCUCAGACGCACUAACAAACUGAAGGAUUUCGAGAAGGUGCGAAAUGAUUUGGAAUAGAUGGAACAGUGCUUCUUGUCCUACCUCCUCAUUUCCUUAUUCUUCUCCUCCACCUACUACUCCUCCGCCUUUCCCUAUUAUGAAUAAAUGAAACCAAGUAAUUAGUGAUUCUUGGUCUUCUCUCUCUCUCUCUCUCUCUCUCUCUCUCUCCUCUCUCUCUCUCUCUCCUCUCUCUCUCUCCUCUCUCUCUCUCCUCUCUCUCUCUCCUCUC